CAUUGCCGCAGCUGCAAACACUACACCUAAUUCAUUAACAUCCAAAAGAUCUCACGGACGAGCGACUAUGGAGGUCGUGACCGGGGCGAUGAGCACUCUCCUGCCUAUGCUCGGCGACCUGCUCAAGGAGGAGUACAACCUGCAGAAGAACACCAGGAGUGAGAUCAAGUUCCUUAAAGCCAAGUUAGAGAGCAUGGAAGCUGCCCUCAUCAAGGUUUCAGAGGCACCCUUGGAUCAGCCACCUGACAUCCAGGUCAAGCUUUGGGCAAGGGAUGUCAGCGACCUGUCCUAUGAGAUUGAGGACAGCGUUGACAGAUUCCGGGUGCGCCUUGAGUGCCGGGAACAAAAGAAGCCACAGAGCUUUAUGGGUUUCAUCCAGAGAAGUAUGGACAUGCUGACAAAGGGCAAGAUGCGACACAAAAUUGGCGUCGAUAUCAAAGACAUCAAGAGCCGUAUCAAGGAGGUCUGUGAGAGGCGUGAAAGGCACAAGGUUGACAGUGUUGUGCCCAAGCCCACUGGCACAAGUACUGAUACCCUUCGCCAGUUAGCCUUGUUUAAAAAGGCGAUCGAGCUUAUUGGCAUCGAAGAGAAGAGCGUUGACAUGGUCAAGAUGCUAAUGGAGGGAGACGAGGUGAUCAAGAAGCAACCCAAGCUGAUCUCUAUUGUUGGCUUUGGAGGCUUAGGGAAGACAACUCUUGCUAAUAUGGUGUAUGAGAAGCUUCGAGAGAAAUUUAAUUGUGGAGCUUUUGUUUCCGUUUCUCUUAAUCCCGACAUGAAGAAGCUUUUCAAGAGUUUGCUGCAUCAACUUGGCAAGGACAAGUACAAUAACAUCAUGAAUGAAUCAGCGUGGGGCGAGACACAACUCAUAAGUGAGAUAAGAGAAUUCCUCCAAAACAAGAGGUACUUCAUUGUCAUUGAUGACAUAUGGGAUAAAUCUGCAUGGAGAAUUAUUAGAUGUGCUUUGAUUGAGAAUGAAUGUGGUAGUAGAGUAAUCGCAACAACUCGUAUUCUGGAUGUUGCCAAAGAAGUUAGUGGUGUUUAUCAGCUUAAACCACUUUCUACUAGUGACUCAAGAAUGCUAUUCUACCAAAGAAUAUUUGGAACUAGAGAUAAGUGUCCUUCUGUUCAGUUGGCUGAAAUAAGUGAAGGAUUUGUUCAUGAAGAGCAGGGAAAGAGCCUGUAUGAUAUAGGAGAGGAUUACAUUGCUGAGCUCAUUAACAAAAGCUUGAUCCAACCGAUGGAUAUCAAAUUUGCUGAUAAGGCGAACUCUGUCCGUGUACACGACAUGGUGCUUGACCUUAUCACUUCCUUGUCAAAUGAGGAGAACUUUCUCGCAACAUUGGGUGGUCAGCAGUCCAGGUCACUGCCAAGUAAGAUCCGUCGACUGUCUCUCCAAAUCAGCAAUGAAGAGGAUGUCCAGCCGAUGCCAACCAUGAGCAGCUUGUCCCAUGUGAGAUCACUUACUGUGUUUAGUAAAGACCUCAGUUUGUUGUCAGAACUUUCAGGUUUUCUUGUCCUACAUGCAUUGGAUUUAAGUUUUUGUUGGGUAGUGGGUAAUCAUCAUUUGAAGGACAUUUGCAAUUUAUUUCACCUGAGGUAUCUGAGUCUAAAAGGGACAUCUAUCACUGAGAUCCCGAAAGAGAUGAACAAUCUACAGCAUCUGCAACUGCUAGACAUAAGGUCCACCAAAAUGAAAAAAUUGCCAUCAACCUUUGUUCAGCUAAGACAACUGGUGUUCGUUGACAUGGGUGAUAGGAUAGUCUGUACAUUGCUUCUAAAAUCAAUGUCCGCCUUGCACUCCCUCUCUUCCCUUGCAAUCACAUUAAGAGGACUAAGAGAGGAAGACCUCCAAAUACUUGGGAGCAUGCCGUCUCUGUGUGGCCUCUCUAUACAUGUACUGUUCUGGAGAAAAUUCACAGAUAAAAAGCUAGUCAUUGACAGUGGUUGUCCCUUUCGGUGUCUGACAAGGUUCAGUAUAAGGAGUAGCGCCAUUGGUUUCGUGUUUGCACAAGGAACCUUGCAAAAGCUCCAAAUCCUGGAGUUAGAUAUUUAUGGUAAGAGAACAAAAGACCAAUUUGGUGAUUUUCAAUUUGGGCUGGAGAACCUCUCUUCACUGGAGCAUGCCUAUGUGGUGUCUCGUGGUAGAGAUGGUGGGCUGACCGCUGCACUUCACAGAGAGCUUCAUAUUAAUCCGAACAAGCCCACACUGAGGAUGAAGAAGGUAACUCCACGCUGA